CCCCCACAGCAUAACGAAAGUGCAUUUUUCUGAAGCUUUGGGAUGUCCCCAAUACCAAAUGGAACUUUAACAGGAAAAAUCUAGGGAUGCAAUAGGGGUAACUCUCAUAUGUUUUGAAGGUACCGUAAAAAUACCACAUCGGUGAGCGUAAAACAGUUCUUAUUCAAAGCUGCCUCCUGACCUUACUUUUUUACACAAUUAAGCAUGUGACGUGUCAUUUUAAAGGAUUUUCAUCAGUCUUCACUUUAGUAUAUAACAAAAUACAAUAUCUUAAUUAUAUUUACGAAUAAUAUCACUAACACACGUACCACCACAGUUUCCUUAGCACAAUCAUAAAAAAAUAUUGAAUAAUAUUUUACAUACACAAUUCUUGUAAACUUUUCACUAUAUUUUCAGUUUGAUAGAGAGAGCUAGUUACAUGAUGGCACUGAAGAAUGAACACCCUCACUCCAAGAGGAAUAGAUCAAAUGCUGAUGAUGCUGAGAUUGUCUGUGUGCUUCAUAUGGAGGGACAAAAAUAUGGAGCGAUAAAGCCAUUCUCCACUGUAUCAGAUCCUCAAUCUAGAUUGCUAAGACUACAGGAUAUCAAAAGGAGACGCCUUGCACAGCCUAUAGAUUCCCCAUAUCGUAUGGAGUCAACAUGUGAACUAAUUCCUGAUAUAUUAAAUGAUAAACAUGGAUACCAUCAAAUCUGUUAUCAGAGAUUCUGCGCCAAUCUACAUCGUCUGGACAUUCAAGUAGUUGACACUGAAGUGUCUUCAACUUCCAGGUCUAGUCGCAAGAAAUCUUCAAGAGACAGCACUCAAUUCAAACCAGAUUGUAUCUUCUGUAACAAUGAAGGUCGCAGAAAGAUUAAGAGUGGAGGAACCUGGACCACCGAAGGGAUGUCAGUCUUCGAUCGGGACGGCGGCAAGUUUAUCCAGGAUUUAGCAGAGAAGAGAAACGACCAAAAGCUACUAACCAGAAUAAGAGGAGUUGACAUGUAUGCUUGCGGAGCCAAAUAUCACAGGUCAUGCCAUGCCAAGUAUUGCCAAGAUCCCAUAAAAUGGAGAAGUCCUGACAAAGAAAAGAAAGAGAAGCAAGAAUCGAUGGUUGAAGCUCAUGCUAAUGCAUUUGCGAGUGUUUGUAAAAUUGUUGAUGAUGUGGUGCUGAAGCAACGGAACAUUUUGAUGUUAAAAAAUUUAUGUGACACAUAUAGACAUACUCUGGAGAACUCAGAUCAUAAAAAUCCUAACUUCCGUAGUGAAAACUUGAAAACAAAACUGGAGAAGCAUUAUGGAAGUCACUUAUCAUUCUGCCCCUUGGGACAAUUUCAUUCAUAUAUCCUGUACAACAGCAAUGUUGAAAUCAACCAAGUCAUGAAAUAUGCAUAUGAACUGGGCAGCAAAGACGUGAUUGAAACAGCUGGAGCUCGUCUACAUCAGGACAUCCUGAACGCUUUCAAGAAUUCUGCAGAGUUGAUGUGGCCACCAACUGCCCAAUCUCUAAUCAACUCAGACAUUGGUUUGCCUUCAUCUUUAGAAAAAUUCUUGUCUAACAUGCUAUAUGGUGCAUCGUCCCCAAGAACUGAAAAAUCCAAGCGAUUAGUGUCAUCCAUUGCUCAGGAUAUCUGUAGAGCAGCCACCAACAGUGAAUGGAAGCUCCCUAAGCAUGUUUUGAUGUGUUUGACUCUGCGACAUAUGUUCAGAAGUGAGCGUCUCGUCACCAUGCUGAACAGGUUCGCAUCAAUACUAUGUAGAAUUUGACAUUUUAACAUUGGUAUUGUUGCUUAUAUAUUGCCCAAGGAGAUAGUGUAGAAAUUCAACGUACUAUUUACUCAGCAACCCUCUGUGUACUUUGAAUGACCUAUAGUAACUGACAAUUUAUUCUCUUAAACUAGUUCCAUUCUACCAAAUUCAUACAUUUG